GUAUUUGCAACAAACCUGCCACGUUUCAGCGGGCAAUGAACGUGACGUUCCAGAACUUCGUCAACAAGACGCGGCUCACUCAGGGGAUGAUUAACUUCUGCGUCAUCGUGUACAUGGACGACAUCCUCGUCUACUCGGAGACCUAUCACGGGCAUGCACAACAUAUCGAGCGGAUGCUGGAAGCUCUAAGAGAUGCUGGUUUCAAGAUCACGCUCGAAAAGAGCGAGUUCCUCCUCUCGGAAAUCUCGUUCUUGGGCUAUGUGGUGACACGUGGAGGACUGUGGCCAGACUCGAGGAAGGUCGCGGCGCUGAAGGAUGCUCCUAUUCCCACGACAUUGACGAAGGUUCGAGCUUUCCUGGGACUGGCGUCGUACUAUCGUCGCUUCAUCAAGGGCUUCGCCGCAAUUGCGCGACCUCUAACAUACUUAUUGCGGAAGGACCAGCCCCUCAGCUGGGACGCAGAGUGCGAACAGGCCUUCGCCACCCUCAAGGACGCCCUCGCGACAACACCUAUCUUGAUCCGGCCAAACCCUACGAAGCGGUUCAUUCUUAUCACGGACUGGCAGCCAGAGGCGAUCUCCGCUAUUCUAGCGCAGAAGGGGAAUGACAGCCGAGAACACGUCAUCGAGUACGCAUCACGGACAGUACCAGAUGAGCGGAGGAACGAUUCGGCCCCGCAGGGUGAAUGUUACGCUGUAGUCUGGGGGAUUCAACACUUCCAUUCGUACUUGUACGGCCAGAAGUUCCUCCUUGUAACCGAUCAUGAGCCAUUACUGGCUAUGAAGAAGCUCACUAAUUACACGGGUAUGAUUAGACACUGGGCGCCUCGAACGACCUCCGAAGACGAAGGGCUGACGCUAGAGGAGAAAGAAGAAGAGGACAUAGAGGAAGGCGACGAGGAGGAAGAAGAGGAAACCCCGGAAGAAGGAAGUUACAGUGAGCAUAGCGAGGGAGAACAGAGCGAAGAAGAAGGGGAAGAGGACAAGGAGCAAGAGGAGUCUGAGUGGGAAGACUUGGGCGAGGAGGCGGACCAUACAGAGGCCCAGGAGGAAGAUUCAGAGGCGGUGGCGCUGUGCAGAGAAAAUAUCGCAGCCGGUAAGCAGCCGCUAGAGUACGCGAGUGGGAUGAAUCUGCCAAUCUUGGACGAUCCAACCAAGGAUCCGGAGCCACCCAAGCCAGAGGAUGGGGACCUUGCUGCCGAGACUUCGAGCGCACCGGCCCGACGUCGACGAAGCUGAUCCCCCUCCCCCUCCACCUCCACCCGUCCACCAGUUCGAGCUCGUACCGAUGCAGGGCAUCGGGCUU